AUGGGAAUCGCCGAUUUUGUGGAAAAACGAAGUAAAAAAGCGCCGCCAAUCAUUGCUAACAGUAAAAUUCCGGCAUAUUGCAUUAAAAAAAUUGGAGCGCGACAUUUGUUGCUUGGCGGAGGUGGCGGAGCUUCGAAAACUGGAGUUAGCAACGAAAUAGAGACAUAUCUUUUAACUUCGGAAGAUGCGAAUCCUGAAUUGGGUUUGAAAGCCGAAUGCGUUGAUAAGUUUAAUACUUCGACGUUCGCCACAAUGAACAUGGAUGUGAUAUCAGCUAGUGUUCACGAGCAGGAUGCGAAAUAUGUGAUCGCCGCAGGACACGAUGAAUAUUGUGAUUUAUACACAACGGCUGGGUAUAAACUGAGUAAUGAUGAAAACUCGAAACUUUCGUUUGAAUUGAAGCACGUCAAACGAAUUAAAACCGAUGAGCAUCCUAAUAGUUCGUAUCAGAAAUGUGUUCGAUUUGAUCGAAAUAGCAAAGGGCGGUUUUUUGCUACCGGCGGAGCAGAUGGGCAUAUUCGAAUUUGGGAUGCGUUGGCAGCAAUUAAAGCAGAGGAAGGGAAUGCUCAUCCGGUACAGGUAAUCCAAGCGCACAAAUCUGAUGUCGAUGAUAUCGAUUUUUCGUAUGAUUCGAUGACAAUAAUUUCCGUUGGUGCUGAUGGAUUCGCGUAUAUUUGGAGUACGCAGACUGGCGAGAAAUUGUUGGAUUUGCAAUUUCCGAUUGAAAUCGCGAGAGGAUUUAAGAUGCGUGCUGUUCGGUGUACUUCAUUGGGAGCAUCAAGCAAGAACAGCGUAUUUGUCGCAGCUUAUAAUUCCAUAUCGAGAGCUUCGAAAGAUUUGGCGUCUUAUGUCGCCUUAUGGGCAUUCAAUGCCGAGAGAAAAGUCGCGAGACCAGUGGUGGUUCGAUUAGUCGCCAAAGGAGAGACGAUUUCGUCGUUGGCUGUGUCGGAUUGCGGAAAUUUCACCGCCAUUGGGACCAUGUCGGGUGGAGUGGCGGUUCUCGACACCCACGAAUGUCGCCGAAUCUUUUAUGCACCGGAAACCCACGGAAUUUUUGUGACGGGACUUGAAUUCCUUGAUCGUGCUGCGUCGAACAUUUGCGAUGACAAAUCAUUGGCGCCUGUCGUGCCAGGACCAAGCUCCGGCUACUUGGCGACAGUCGUCUCAUUGAGCGCCGACCAGAGCAUUCAGAUGCACCGAGUGCCGUUUUCAAAGUCACGACCACUCUCCGAAAUGGUGCUGCUUAUCUCCAUAGUGAGCCUCAUCAUUGCCUACAUAUCGUCAUUUUUCGUAUAA